AUGCUCCGCGCUUCGCCGUCUUGGUCCCGUCCCGGUCCGUCCUCGGCCCGACCACUUUGCCGGCUCCGAAUUACCGCUCGACACACCUAGCUGCCCUCACAUAAGCACGUUUCCGCCUCUUUCCUUCUUGCACACCAUCCUGUCAGACCACUAUCUCCUCAGAUCCCUACCCGACCUUGCGUUUCCUCGUUCACUUCACACGACCAUGGAGCCCAACACCCUUACGUUCUAUGAUCUCAACGACGCCGAGCGCGCUGUUCUUCCAGCGGCCGAUGUCGCACAGAUUUAUGCCGUCCAUGCGAAAUAA